AUGGCGACUGCUGCUACCGCAGAGAUGCUCCCGCGCUUCCUUCUGCCGCGCCUCAGCUGGCAGCCCGUGGCGGCGGCCCCUCGCCGUCUGGCCAUUGCCGCCUCGCCAGUGGCAGCUCGCCAGAUGCAGCACGCCCACCGUCGACGCCCUCGGCUGUCCUCUGCCACCCGCAGCAGCAGCAUCCCGGCCCUGUCGCGCGCGUUCCACGCCACAUCGCUGCAGGCGCGCGAUCACCACUUUGACACGCUCAAGUUUGUCAAGCGGCUCCGCGAGGACGGCUUCACCGAGGAGCAGUCGGUGGCCAUGAUGAAGGUCCUAAGCGACGUCAUUGAGGAGAGCAUCCAGAACCUCACCCGCACCAUGGUCCUCCGCGAGGACUCGGCCAAGGCCACGUACACGCAAAAGGUCGACUUUGCCAAGCUGCGCUCCGAGCUGCUCUCGGCCGACAGCACCGAGACCAACACGACGCGCAGCGCCCACGAGCGUCUGACCAACGACAUUGCCAAGCUCAACAGCCGCCUGCGCGACGACGUCUCGCGCACCCAGGCCAGCGUCCGCCUCGACCUCAACCUCGAAAAGGGCCGCAUCCGCGAGGAGGCCCUCAGCCAGGAGCUCAAGAUCAAGGAGACGGAGACCAAGAUUGAGCAGGAGGUCGCCGCCCUUCGCGAGAAGCUCGAGCAGGUCAAGUUCCAGACCCUGCAGUGGCUGAUGGGUGUCUGCACCGGUUUCGCCGCCCUGCUGCUCGGUGCCUGGAGAUUGCUCAUGUAA